AAGAAGAAAAAGAGCAGAAUGUCCCUUAGAAUUUCAUUUUGGCUUUUCGUCUUGUUAUGAUAAGAAACUCGAGCCCACCUGUCCCCAUCUCUUUCAUUAGUACAUGUUAAAAACCAUUUAGGCAUCUAAAAUUUAAGGAGGAAUACAAGUUGUAUUAUCACUAGCUAAGAAGAUAGUGAAAGCCACAUGGGGGAGUUGUACAGCAAGACAGUAAAGCCACAAAUGCAACUUAAGAAAUCCUUCCAUAAGACCAAGAACCUCUUCCUGAAAACUCUACAUAAUCUCAAGUCAUUUCUCUUUAAAGGUCAACAUAAGUUGCCUAAAGUUUGUCACUUCAAUCCCUUCUUCUCUGGCAGCAAUCGAAUUCCAAACAGCAUAAUUCAAGAGUUGGAUGAUUUCUACAGAGACUUCUCUCAACAGUGGGAACAUGGUGACCAAAAUGAGGUUCUAGAGAGAAACAGCAUUUGUGAAGAAUCAGUAGAGAACAGUAUGGAAAACCAAGAAAGAAUGAGAAAAGAAGAGAAGAGAAGAGCAACAUUCAAUGAAGAAAAAAUAGGAGAUGCAUUCUUUAAAAACACAAGUAAAGGUCAGAUUUUAGCACAGAAGAUGAAGGAAUUAGAUUUGAUGGAUGAGGAAGACUUGAAUCAAAUGCUGGACAUACAAGAAGUGCUACACUAUUACUCUCACCUAAACUGUCCAUUUUACCUUGAUAUUGUUGACAGUUUUUUCAUGGACAUGUAUAAUGAGUUCUCACUUCCACAGCCAUUCAUCAAUAUCAACAGUUCAAUGCGAAGUCUUGGUCCUAUUGAGCCCUAGAAAUUACUGGAUUUUUCGUCGACUGUGUGUCUCUUUGUACGCCAGUGCAAUUUUCCAAGCUAGCCAACUUCUUCAUUGUCUGUUCAAUUCCCAUGGAUUCCUAUAUUGAAUAAUUUCAGAAAAUCCUUGGAUCUA